AUGUGGUCUCAACUAAUGCUGGUGGUCUUUUGUUGGAGAUUGGUGAACGCUGAUAUAGAUAGACGUCGUAACUCAAACCCGACCUAUUACAAUGUCGGUGGAGUACUUUCAAGUAAUGAGUCGAUUGCUUUCUUCAAAGAUACAAUCUCGAAUCUGAAUUUCAAGGACAAGUACGUCCCACGUGGUGUCACAUACCACGAUUACUCAAUUUUGAUGGACCCUAAUCCGAUAAUGACCGCUCUCAACGUUUGUAAGGAUCUCAUUGCUCAUAGGGUUUACGCUGUUGUCGUAUCCCAUCCAAUAACCGGUGACCUCUCACCUGCUGCUGUCUCCUACACCAGCGGGUUCUAUCACAUACCAGUGAUUGGCAUUUCUUCAAGAGAUUCAGCAUUCUCCGAUAAGAAUAUUCACGUUUCGUUCCUCCGGACCGUACCGCCAUAUUCGCACCAAGCUGACGUAUGGGUGGAUGUACUGAAACAUUUUAAUUACAUGAAAGUUAUUGUGAUUCAUAGUUCUGAUACAGAUGGCAGAGCGAUUUUGGGAAGGUUUCAAACGACAUCCCAAAGCGUUGACGAAGAUGUAGAUAGGAAGGUGGUGGUGGAACAGGUAAUAGAAUUUGAGCCAGGCUUGGAUUCCUUCAACGAGAAACUUAUAGACGUAAGAAGCGCGCAGGCGCGAGUUUUUCUAAUGUAUGCAAGUAAAACAGACGCCGAGAUAAUAUUUCGCGACGCAACUUACAUGAAUAUGACUACAACAGGCUACGUAUGGAUGGUCACUGAACAGGCCUUGGAUGCAGCCAAUGCUCCUGAGGGACUUUUAGGACUCAGACUGGUUAACGCCACUAACGAACAUGCCCACAUACAGGAUUCUAUCUACGUUCUAGCCUCAGCCAUUCGUGAAAUGAAUAAAACUGAGGAGAUCAACGCUCCACCCUCUGAUUGCGACAACUCUGGUUCCAUCUGGCAGACGGGCCAGGUCCUUUUCGAUUAUAUUAGGAAGCAACGGCUGGAGAGCGGAGCAACUGGCCAUGUAGCUUUUGACGACCAUGGUGAUAGGGUACAUGCUGAAUACGACAUGGUCAAUGUCAGAGCCCAGGGCGAACACGUCGCUGUGGGGAAAUAUUUUUAUUCUAAGGAAACACAAAAAAUGCGUUUGGAACUAAAAGAGCACGAAAUAAUAUGGAUGGGACGGAGUUCCUCAAAGCCUGAAGGUUUUAUGAUACCCACCCAUUUAAAGGUUCUAACUAUAGAAGAAAAGCCAUUUGUGUAUGCACGUCGGGUUGAGGAUAUUUUUGAUUGUACAACUGAAGAAAUUCCAUGUCCCCAUUUCAAUGUUAGUGACGAAGCGGAUCAAAUGUAUUGUUGUAAAGGCUUCUGCAUGGAUCUGCUAACUUAUUUAUCGCGGGCAAUAAAUUUCACAUUUUCAUUAGCACUGUCACCAGAUGGGCAGUUUGGUUCUUACGUGUUCAAGAAUCUUUCUCAACCAGGCUCGAAAAAGGAAUGGACUGGACUUAUUGGUGAACUCGUCUACGAGCGAGCUGACAUGAUUGUGGCGCCAUUAACUAUAAACCCAGAAAGAGCUGAGUUUAUUGAAUUCAGUAAACCGUUCAAAUACCAAGGCAUUACGAUUUUGGAAAAGAAACCAUCAAGAUCUUCGACGCUGGUGUCUUUCUUGCAACCGUUCUCGAAUACUCUUUGGAUUCUAGUAAUGGUGUCUGUACACGUUGUGGCGCUGGUUCUUUACCUGCUCGAUAGGUUUUCUCCAUUUGGCCGCUUUAAGUUGGCCAAUAUAGACGGGACUGAAGAAGAUGCACUUAAUUUGUCUAGCGCUAUUUGGUUUGCUUGGGGAGUUCUACUUAACAGUGGUAUCGGAGAAGGCAAGUAUAUUUUGAUGUUUUCUAAAUUACAACCAUGCCUACUACAAGAGUCGGUCUUAGUUUUCUCAGCUCGAGUCUUAGGUAUGGUGUGGGCUGGUUUUGCCAUGAUAAUCGUCGCAUCUUACACAGCUAACUUAGCUGCUUUUCUUGUGCUCGAAAGGCCGAAAACUAAGUUGAGCGGUAUUAAUGACGCAAGGCUUCGUAACACAAUGGAGAAUUUAACUUGCGCGACUGUAAAGGGAUCGGCUGUGGAUAUGUACUUUCGGAGACAGGUUGAACUUUCUAACAUGUACCGAACGAUGGAAGCUAAUAAUUACGAUAAUGCCGAACAAGCGAUACAGGAUGUGAAGGACGGAAAGUUAAUGGCAUUCAUAUGGGAUUCCUCUCGACUAGAAUUUGAGGCGGCUCAAGAUUGUGAAUUGGUCACCGCUGGGGAACUCUUUGGGAGAUCUGGUUAUGGUGUGGGCUUGCAGAAGGGAUCUCCUUGGGCGGAUUUGGUGACGCUGGCAAUUCUAGACUUUCAUGAAAGUGGCAUAAUGGAAUCUUUCGAUAACAAAUGGAUUCUACAAAACAACAUGUUGAACUGCGAAGAAAACGAAAAAACUCCAAACACAUUGGGCUUGAAGAACAUGGCCGGCGUAUUCAUCUUAGUGUUAGCCGGCAUUAUAGGUGGGAUAGUCCUGAUCGUUAUCGAGGUCGUCUACAAGAAGCACCAGAUAAAGAAACAGAAGCGGAUGGAGAUAGCUCGCCACGCGGCAGACAGGUGGCGUGGCGCAGUCGAGAAGCGGAAGACGUUGAGAGCGGCCAUUUUACCGUCGCAGCGGCGAGCCAAGUCUAACGGUUUGAAGGAGGCCGGCACCAUAAGCCUCGUCGUGGAUAGAGGAGCGAGAAGAAGGGAUGAGUUACCGCGUAUACCCCGGUAUAGUCCGGCCUACACCCCGGACGUGUCACAUUUAGUGAUUUAA